UGAUAUCACCAAUGGCUUCCAUGGCAAGCGAGACUAGACAGGAGAGGGUGAGGACUAGCGUUACAUUGGCUGAAGGGACACCUACUGUAGACGGCCAACAUGGGAAGAAUAGCUGGUGGGUGGAUCUUCAGUUUGAAUGUGUGGACCCAGAUGAAAGUGAUGGCAGGAGAUCGCUUAAUGGGGGAUCCAUCGAUAUAGCCAGUGGCACCUGCAACAAUGCAACCAACGACCAACCCGACAAUGAUACUCGCAUUCUUAAGGAAUGGGGAUCCAAAAAGUUCAACGAGCUACAAAUAUGUUAA